AUGUGUAUCAAGGCGGUCCGGAAGUUCGUGCGUCUCGGGUGUUUUGAAACUUUGUUCUGGAAGAACCACGAGCAUUUGCCGCAAGAUGGGAGCCCGAGAGAGCCGGGUGUGCUCGAGGCUUGUUGUAUUGGAGCUCAUCGACUCAAUCAUGUAAGAUUUUUUUUCAGGUUUUUGCUAUGGGACCAAACAUUUAUAAUAUUUUUUUUAGUUUUCAAAAAGUCCGUCAUUAUGACGGAUGAAUCUGUCCUAAUAUUACCAAUUUUUUUUAUGGACUUAAAAUUCUUCAUUUUUAAUUGGAAGGAAUUUUUUUUUAAAUAAAAGUUUUCGUGCCGAGACUCAAAAAUUUGAAAUUUAAAAAAAAAUCCGCCAUAAUGACGAUACUUCAAAAGAAUGUCUUGUCUCUAUUUUCUAGCCCCAAAUUUACACUAUAAAUCCGUCAAUAUGACUUGUUUCCCAGACAAUUAAGGAAAUUUUGGGUCUCGCCACGAAAACUUUGAGAACUUGAAAUAUUGACUUUUUUCAGCCUAUUACUUUUCAAUUUCCUAUUUAUUCAUUUUCAGCGUCUAACCUUCAUCUUUGCCAUUAUUGGAAUAAUCUUUGCGAUCCUCUACACUUCAUUGUUCAUCUAUCUGGAACUCCCUUGGUUCGUGGUUGUGUUGCCGAUUAUUGAACUCGUUUUUUCUAUUCUUGUACUAAUUGGGAAUAUGGAGAAUCGCCCCUGGAUGUACUGGCCGCAUUUCGUUUGGAAUGUAAGCUUGCGAAGCUAAAAGUAAAAGAAAUAUGGAGUUUUUAUCAGUCUGUCGGGAAAAUAAUGAGCACUCUGUCGCAUCGAAAAUAUCAUCGCCGGCGAGAAAAUGCGUACGUCGCGGCAAAACCAAAUUGUUUUUUCCUUCAGCGACGUGAUCGGCGCAGCGGCAUUGUGCUCAUUACAGGGUCUUUCAAGAAAUGUGCAGGAAAGUAGGAGGCUAUAACUUUCGGCGGAGGCGGCGCAGAGAGUUCGUUUUUGGAAUAUGUAUUUUUCAGUGACAUUAUUUUUUGCCUACGAAAUAACAAGCUUUUAGAGUGCAAACUGAGGUCGCUACGACCUUCUGAAGUAAAGGCAUCUCUACCCCGAAAACCAGGUUUUUUCGGUUGAAAAUGAUCGAGAAAUUUCGGUCUUUUUCGGUUGGAAAUCACCAAGAAAUGUCGGAUUUUUUCAGGGGUUCCGAUAGAGUUGACGUUGAAAAAAGGGAAGGAUGUUGCCAACACGUUGGAAAUUUAGCAAAUAUUCGGCUAGCCUCAACUUGGGGCAGAUUUCGAGUUUAUUUUUCGGUAUCUUCCGCGAAGAAGCGUGACAUCAUUUAGGGAUUUGAGGAACCUGGAAUCGGCUAGCCAAGACACCAGAAUGGCUGUGAAGUCUUAUAAAAACUAGUCAAAUGGUGUAAUGGGCGUUAAAGGACAGGAAUGACAACCAAACUUUUAAACUGCUAACAAAAACUGGUUGGCUAGCCAAAGUGUCAGAAUGAAGAGCAGCCGAAUAUUUGCUUAAUUUUCAACGUGUUGGCAAUUCCCUUCCCUGUUUUCAACGUCAGCUCUAUCGAAACCCCCCCAAAAAACCCGACAUUUCUCGGUGAUUUUCGACCGAAAAACUCUGAAAUUUCUCGAUCAUUUUCAACCGAAAAACCCUGGUUUUCGGGGUAGCGAUGCCUUUACUUCAUAAGGUCGUAGCGACCUCAGUUUGCACUCUAAAAGCUUGUUAUUUCGUAGGCAAAAAAUAAUGUCACUGAAAAAUACAUAUUCCAAAAACGAACUCUCUGCGCCGCCUCCGCCGAAAGUUACAGCCUCCUACUUUCCUGCACAUUUCUUGAAAGACCCUGUAUUUUCCCGACAGACUGAUAGGUUUUGGGCCCAAAAAUUGGCCGAAAACCGCCACUGUGUGUCGGGAAAAUAACGUGGAUUCGUCGCGGCUUGGAAUCGCCCAUGAUCGCUUGAAACGUGCUCGUUAUUUUCCCGACAGGCUGAUAGUUGGGCCAAAAAGUCUUGACACGUUUUUGCGCCUUGCGAGAGAACUCAUAAGCACUAAUUUGCAUAUCUUACACCAAGCUCUAAACCAUUUUCAGUCAAAAAGUAUCAAAAGCGAUCAUUGAUACUUUUUUUUGUAAAUUUUGCUUCUUUGAGUUUCGCAUACAAAAUUUCACCUGAAAUCAAAAAAAAAAUCACUAUAACUUUUACUUUACAUCGAGAAUUAAACAAACAUUUUUUUCAAUUUUUUUCAAAAAAUCUCAUUUUUUACAUUUUUCGUUCAAAAAUUUGCGUUUUCCAGUUCUUCCUAGUCGUCCUGUUCCUUCUACUUUGCCUCAUCUUCCUGCUCGGUGGUUUGGCGUACGCUCGUCGCGAUGACUACGCCGAAAAAGAGGCGGUCGGAAUUUUCCCCAAGGCAACUCGAGCCCAAAUCUACAUCUACGGGCUGUUAAUCAUCUUGGGCCUGUUUUUCCACGCAGUUCUGGCCGCGGUUUAUGUUGCGUUUUCGUAUCGUGAUUACAUGUGGAUGCGAGACUAUUUGGUAGAUCAGCGCUACAACAAAGAGGAUGGGAAGAUUUAUCCGGCAAAUGUUGUGAGACCAUUGGAAAUUGUCCCACCGAAGGAUUAUUAUUCCAAUUCAGCGGGACAUCCCUGUAUGUUUUUGAAAUUUUUGGGAAUUUAGUAUUAACAAAAAACAGUUUGCGUAGCAAAUUCGUUAAAAAAAUUUUUUUUUGCUUUUCCACAUAUUAAAAAAUCUCAGUCUGUCGGCAAAAUAAUGAGCAUUCUGCCGCAAUUAAAAUCGCAUCGCCGCUGUGAAAAUGAAUUGUGUCGCGACAAAAUCAAAUUGCUUUUCACUUCAGCGACGCCAUCGGCGCAGCGACAUUUUGCUCAUUAUUUUCCCGACUGACUGAUAAAAAACAAAAAAUGCAUAGCAAAUAGCAAAAUUGCCAAAAAAAGAUGUUUUGCCGCCGGGGACCACCGAGAUUUUUAGGCCGGGACCUGGCAAAAAUGAAAGGUUUUUUUUAAGGAUUUUCGCAUAAAAUUUUUUCGUACCUGUUUCUAUACUGGAGAGGCAAGUGUAAAAAAAAAUCCACCAAAAAUCUUUUCCGCGUAAAACUCACUCAAGUGAAAAGCGAUUUGAUUUUGCCGCGACACAAUUCAUUUUUCCCUAUGCGAUUUUCGAUGCGACAGAGUGCUCAUUAUUUUCCAGGCGGACUGAUAUUUUAUUGCCUUUGCCGAGCUUUAUCAAAAAACUUUUCUCCAAGAACCCCCAAAACAUUUUUAAAAACUAAAAAUUUUCAUUUUCAGCCUACGAUCUGUACACUCCCCCGCUAAGUGCGGACGACCGGCAACGCAUCGAAGAGGGGCAUCACGUGCAUUAUGUUCCCAUUCGAAUCGAACGAGACGAGCGUUCCAAUUCGCGCGGCAAAUCCUUUGUCGACGCGUUCACGAACAAAGAAACGUUGAGCGAUAAAUUCGCGAAAAACCCCGUGUUGCAUACCGCCGAAAUUUCGCCGAGAUCCCCGCAACAACACAAAAAAUUCUAA